UUAACACCUAAAGAACACACGCGACCGUUACCUGCCCUUGGUUUAAAUAAACCCUUUCACCGCCAAGAAAGCUAUCAAGCCAAACGCAGAGAGAGUACGCUUGAAUCUUCUUCUUCUGGUAGGUUUUUUUCGUGGUUGAUUGCACUCGUUUAGGUUUACAAGCAGCGUCGGACGUGUUUCGUGAAUUGUUCUACUCAUUUUGAGUUUUUUCCGUGGUUGAUCGCAAUAGUAUAGGUUUACAAGCAGCGUUAGACGUGUUUCGUGAAUUGUUCUACUCGUUCUGAGCUGUAAAGAAGCAUCAGGCAUGUUUCGUGAAUUGUUCUAGUCGUUCUGAGAUAACUGCAAACACUGCAAUGAGAUGCAACGCGUGCUGGCGAGAGCUGGAAGGAAGAGCUAUUUCUACCACUUGUGGCCAUAUCUUAUGUAAUGAAGAUGCCAGCAAGAUACUAAGUAAUGAUGGAGCUUGCCCUAUCUGUGAUCAAGUUCUUUCUAAAAGUCUCAUGAGACCUGUGGAUAUCAACCCAAACGAUGAAUGGAUAAAUAUGGCUUUGGCUGGCAUAUCUCCUCAGAUUUUAAUGAAGAGUUCAUAUAAAAGCAUCAUGUUCUACAUUGGACAAAAAGAACUUGAAAUGCAAUACAAGAUGAAUAGACUAGUAGCCCAGUGCAGGCAAAAAUGUGAAACAAUGCAAGAAAAGUUCACAGAAAAAAUGGAGCAAGUGCAUACACAAUAUCAGAAAUUGGCCAAACGGUGCCAGCUGGCAGAACAAGAAAAUGAGAAUUUGUCUAAAGAUAAGCAGGAGCUCCAAGAAAAAUUCUCUGAAAAAUCCAGGCAAAAGCGGAAACUGGAUGAGAUGUAUGACCAGUUGAGAAGCGAGUAUGAAUCGGUCAAACGGUCAGCAAUUCAACCUGCAAACAACUUCUUCUCAAGAACCGAUCACGAUUUGUUUGCUAGUCCAGCUAACAUGAUGGAUAACAGAGAUCCCAUGAGGAAAGAUUGGUCGGUUUCCACCCCGGACACUCCAGGACCUCGGGAAGACAUAUGGCCACAAGCAGCAAGGCAGAACAGUUCAAACUCUGGGCCGUUUGACAUCUCUGCUAGCCCACCUGUUAAACAUUCAGGAAUUCCAGUUGAAAACAGACGACCUAUUGGCAGACCUAUGUUCGGCGGCGGCGGCGGCGGCGGUGUUGGUGGUGGUGGAUCAAGUAAUCCGUCUAUGACCUUGAGAAAUCUGGUAUUAUCACCAAUGAAGCGGCCUCAGCUCUCACGUAACCGCCCUCAGUUGUUCACGCUGUAGAUCCGAGAAGAGAAAGCAGUUAUAGUCAGUGGGUCCUUCCAUCUCUUAAUAUGAGUAACUAAAAAUAAAUAUACUUUUACAUGCAUCUCCUAAGUAAACAACUUGUCUGAAGUUUUGAUUGUUGCUUACUUUUGUGUAAUCUACUUAUCCUGCACGUGGUUACUAGGGUGUUCAUAAAUUGUUAAAA